ACGCGUGCAACCGGACUUCCGCAACCACCAUGACCGCCAUGACCAAACGAGAGUUCGACGAAGACGACGGUGCUCGCGUCAAGCGUGUCAAGACGGAAUCGAACGGUGACGGCAAGACGGCUGCCGGAAGUAAUCCCUACCUCGCGCACUGGAACGACGAGCAGCCCGCGACCAAGAGCGAGUACGGCAGCGGAGGAGGGCUCGACGGCUUCAAGCGCCAUGCGACAACCACCAAGCAGGCAUCGGCCGCGGAAGAUGGGCCAAACAAUGCCUUCACCGGAAGGCCCUUGUCGAGCAAAUACAUGAGCAUCCUCAAGAAGCGGCGAGAUCUGCCUGUCCACCAGCAGAGACAUGAAUUCCUCAAGCUCUACCAGGAGUCUCAGAUUCUUGUCUUCGUCGGUGAGACGGGUUCUGGAAAGACGACGCAGAUCCCCCAGUUCGUCCUGUUCGACGACCUCCCACAGCAGAACGCAAAGAUGGUCGCCUGCACGCAGCCCCGUCGAGUCGCUGCCAUGUCCGUGGCGCAGCGUGUGGCCGAGGAGAUGGACGUCGAGCUGGGCCAGGAAGUCGGCUACAGCAUUCGUUUCGAGGACAAAACGGGCCCCAACACUAUACUGAAGUACAUGACUGACGGCAUGUUGCUGCGCGAGGCCAUGCACGACAACAAUCUCACGCGAUAUAGCACCAUCAUUCUCGACGAGGCCCACGAGCGGACGCUGGCUACGGAUAUCCUCAUGGGUCUAUUGAAGGAGGUCGUCUUGAGGCGCAAGGACCUGAAGCUCAUCAUCAUGAGCGCUACCCUCGACGCCACCAAAUUCCAAAAGUACUUCCACAAUGCACCGCUGCUUGCUGUACCCGGUCGAACGCAUCCCGUCGAGGUCUUCUAUACACCUGCACCGGAACGAGAUUACGUCGAGGCUGCGCUACGAACAGUACUGCAGAUCCACGCCACAGAGCCCGAGGGUGACAUUCUGCUAUUCUUGACGGGAGAAGAGGAGAUUGAGGACGCUUGCAGGAAAAUAAAUCUGGAGGCCCAAGAUCUGAGUCGUGAAGGUGGUGCAGGGCCACUCGUGGUAUAUCCGCUUUACGGAUCGCUGCCACCAGCGCAACAACAGAAGAUCUUCAAUCCCGCGCCACCCCCAGCAACGCCCGGAGGUCGGCCUGGACGCAAAUGCAUCGUUUCGACCAACAUUGCCGAGACAUCGCUUACAAUCGACGGCAUUGUCUAUGUCGUUGACCCUGGUUUCAGCAAGCAGAAGGUGUACAACCCUCGAAUCCGUGUCGAGUCACUGCUAGUAUCGCCCAUCUCGAAAGCGUCUGCACAGCAGCGCGCUGGUCGUGCUGGUCGCACGCGACCUGGUAAAUGCUUCCGCUUAUACACCGAGACUGCGUUCAAGAAGGAGCUCAUUGAGCAGACUUACCCAGAGAUUCUGCGUUCCAACUUGGCAAGCACAGUACUCGAGUUGAAAAAACUCGGAGUUGAUGACUUGGUCCAUUUCGAUCUGAUGGAUCCGCCCGCGCCCGAGACACUGAUGCGCGCUUUGGAAGAACUCAACUACCUGGCAUGUCUGGAUGAUGAGGGUGAGCUGACCACUCUCGGAGGGCUUGCCUCUCAGUUCCCUCUAGAUCCCGCGUUAGCAGUCAUGCUCAUUACCUCGCCCGAGUUCUACUGCUCAAACGAGAUCCUGUCGCUCACCGCUUUGCUAUCUGUACCGCAGAUCUUCGUGCGCCCUGCCGCCAACCGCAAGAGAGCCGACGAGAUGAAGGAGCUCUUCGCGCACCCGAAGGGUGACCAGCUUACUAUGCUAAACGUGUACCAUGCAUUCAGGAGUGAGGAAGCCCAGGCGAACCCAAAGCAGUGGUGUCACGACCAUUUCUUAUCGUAUCGAGCGCUACAGCAAGCCGACAAUGUACGACUACAACUCAAGCGCAUAAUGGAGCGCGAGGAGUUAGAGCUCAUGUCGACACCCUUUGAGAAUAAGAAAUAUUACGAGAACAUCCAGCGUGCGCUCGUAGCUGGCUUCUUCAUGCAAGUCGCUAAGCGCGACGGUAACGGCAAGAGCUACAUCACUGUUAAGGAUGAGCAGAACGUUUUGCUACAUCCUAGCACGGUGCUUGCGGAGGACAGCGAAUGGGUCAUUUACAACGAGUUCGUUCUGACGACCAAGAACUACAUUCGAACAGUAACGUCAGUGAAGCCAGAGUGGUUGAUUGAUAUUUCCCCCAACUACUACGAUCUAGCGCAAUUCAAAAAGGGAGAGAUCAAACAGGCACUCCAGCGAGUGGUAACCAAGUUCCAGCGAAAGGAGGCUGAACAGGGACGGAGAUGAGGCGGUGGCCAUAGCGUGUGCUGUACAGUAUCAUUACCAUACCCGCCACCGGCGGAAAUACAUGAAGUCCUACGUACCACAAACCCCACGUAUACAGAGGAUGGGCGUCCCUCAUGAGAGAUUGGCGUUAAGUAUCAAUCAGGGCUAAGCGAGGAAGUGUUGUUCGGCGUUCGGCAUGCAUGUAGAUCAAGAUCAGAACAAUCAUCACGAUGACGGCGGCUUUUAGAGCCACCUUUAUCUAGUCGCAAUAAUAGUGCCAAC